AUGCACGCUCUCUGCUCUCUGCUCUCUGCUCUCCACCACUAUUAGAUAUAUAUGUAUAUAUAUAUAACCGGCCAACACCCAACACUCGUAUCUUCCUCCACAGAGAGUUACAGUUUUUGAGAGAAACAGAGAAACAGAGAAAGAGAGAGAGGAAAACAAUGAUGAAGCUGAGGUCAAAGAGGUUCUGCAGAAGCAGUUCAAAGCUCAGUAAUGGUGGCAAUAGCAUCAAGGGAGGUGAAAAGGAGAUCAAAUGGGAGCUUCGACCUGGUGGCAUGCUUGUCCAGAAGAGAGACACUGCUGAUAGUGAGGGGGAGGGGAUGAUCACCAUUAGAGUUGCCACUGUCUCCAAAUGGCAUGACAUUUCUGUUCAGGCCACUUCAACUUUUGGAGAAUUGAAGAUGAUAUUGUCAUUGGUGACUAGUCUGGAGCCAAGGGAGCAAAGGGUAUUGUUCAAAGGGAAAGAGAGAGAGGAUGAUGAAUACUUACACAUGGUUGGGGUUAGAGACAAGGACAAGGUGAUGCUGUUAGAAGAUCCAGCUACUAAGGAGAAGAAACUGUAUGGCUUUGGCACUGCAUGCCGUACCAUUAGCGUAUGACAUCGAUAGAGAUUUCAGCAAUUUUGCUACUCAGAUUACUAACAAUUUGAACAACGAAUUGCUGAAAAUCUGAAUCCGAAUGACACUAGUUAAUUAAAAGUGUUGUUCAUUGCUAACCAUAAGAAAAUGGUAAAAUAUGGUGGUGAAUCGUUCUUCACUUGGCUAAAUUAGGAACUUAAUUGUAUCGUUUUGGGUCGGAGUGGUUAAUUUUACUAAAAUGCGUAACCUAAUGCGCAUCUUGUGUCAAAUUGCAAAUCGUUUACUAUGUUAAUAGAAAUGUUGAAUUAACG